AUGGAGAGUGUAGCAGCGGCUGCUGCAAUGCAGGGGCGAGAAAUGAGUCCAGAACAAGCCCAGUUUAUGGCAAACCGCUCCUUCCCUAAUAACUACAGAAGCAACAUCAUGCCUAAUUAUUAUCAUCCAGGAUUACAAAACCAUGAAAAUUUCUCUUAUGCCAAUAAUAAAAAUGUGCUGCAACCACCUCCGGGAUUCAAUUCUCAACCGCAACAAGAGAAAAAGCAAUCGUUGGAAGACAUUUUGGGCAUUUUUAUUAUGGAGUCUAACAAGAGGUUCAGAAAAAAUGAAGCAACACUCGACAAUAUAGAGACCCAUAUGACUAACAUGGGAGCUUCAGUGAAGAAAAUUGAGACUCAAGUGGGCCAAUUAGCUAAUGCGGUGAAUUCUAAUCAGAAGGGAAGUUUUCCUAGUGACACUAUGGUAAAUCCAAAGGAAUCAUGCCAAGCAGUUUCUUUGAGAAGUGGUAAGGUGCUUGAUGAGGGUAAUGUUCAAGCUAGUUCAAAUGAGAAAGUUGAGCUAGUGGUACGAGAGGUAGACAAAGAAGAGAAAGCCAAGAAGCAGAGUGGAAGUGACAAGAAUGACAUGAAGAAAGAUAGCCUUCCAAUGUAUCAACCUCCCAUUCCAUACCCUCAACGAUUUCAGAAGAAGAAAUUAGAUGAACAGUUUGCAAAGUUUCUAGAAAUCUUCAAACGAAUUCACAUAAACAUUCCAUUUGCAGAUGCUCUUGAGCAAAUUCCUAAUUAUGUGAUAUUCAUGAAAGAAGUCAUGUCAAAGAAAAGAAGAUUAGAAGAAUUUAAAACUGUGAAGUUAACAGAAGAAUGCAGCGCCAUCUUACAGAAGAAGUUUCCUCAAAAGGUGAAAGAUCCGGGUAGCUUUACUAUACCAUGCACUAUUGGAGGGUCAUUCUUUGACAAGGCAUUAUGUGAUCUUGGAACGAGUAUUAAUUUGAUGCCACUUUCAGUUUUUAAGAAGUUGGGGGUAGGAGAGGUGAAGCCCACAACCAUUACUCUUCAACUAGCAGAUCGGUCACUUACUUAUCCUAGGGGAGUGAUUGAAGACGUAUUGGUUAAGGUGGACAAAUUUAUUUUUCCCGCUGAUUUCGUGGUUUUGGAUAUGGAGGAGGACCAUGAAAUCCCCAUUAUUCUUGGUCGUCCAUUCUUGGCUACUGGAAGAGCUCUUAUUGAUGUACAAGGUGGUCAUUAG